UUAGUCACAGCUCAAGACUUGUGAAGGAAGCAGCUCUUGUCAUUAUUGCUUUGUAAUUUGGAUGCUGAUCCACAGAAAGGUUAAAUACCGUUUCCUGGGUCAGGGAGAGUUUUCCUGACAGAGUUACUCCAGCAUUCAUUGCUGCUGACACGAGGCUCUGAGGAGAAGCACAUGGAGGAGGUGAGGAGAAGCCCUGGGCUAUGAUGAGACUGCGGUAUCACCAGCACAUCACCAGAGACAGGCUCUCUUAGAUGCCAUUGAAGACGACUGACUAUGAUGAAACUUGCGGGUGUUGCAAGAGAGAUUUUCUCAGACUUUAUACAGGUACCAAGCAAUAAUGCCAAAACAAGCACUAAUCAAACUCUGAUAGUGUCAGCCGGGAAUAUAGCUGAGCAGCGCAGCACCUGCCUGGCAAGCCCAAGGUCCUGAGUUCAAUUCCCAGUAUAAAAAAAAAAGCUGAUAGUGUAUAUUUGCAAUCUGGACAAGAAAAGAACACUCUAGUGUAUAAAAGCAGGUGAGACCCUGGGUCGUCCACCUGACCCAUUCAAGCACAAUGUUGGCGUUCCUGAUUCUGGUGACUGUAGCCUUGGCAUCUGCUCAUCAUUCUCAUGAGGACUUUGAAGGCAAUAAGGUUUUCCGUGUCAGUAUUGAAGAUGAAAAUCAUAUGAACUUAAUGCAUGAGUUGGCCAGCACCAACCAGAUUGACUUCUGGAAACCAGAUUCUGUCACACAAAUCAAACUUCACAGCACAGUUGACUUCCACGUGAAAGCGGAAGAUGCGGUCACUGUGGAAGACUUCCUGGAGAAGAAUAAACUAUACUAUGAGGUGUUGAUAAGCAACCUGAGAAGUGCGAUGGAAGCUCAGUUUGAUAGCCACGGCCGUGCAACUGGACACAGUUAUACGAAGUACAACAACUGGGAAACGAUAGAGGCCUGGACUCAACAAAUCGCCGCUGAGAAUCCAGGUCUUAUUUCUCGCAGUGUCAUCGGAACCACGUUUGAAGGACGUUCAAUGUACCUCCUCAAGGUUGGCAAAGCUAAGUCAAAUAAACCUGCUAUCUUCAUAGAUUGUGGUUUCCAUGCAAGGGAAUGGAUUUCUCCUGCAUUUUGCCAGUGGUUUGUGAAAGAGGCUGUACGCACCUAUGGACAAGACACAGAAAUGACAGAGCUGCUGGAUAAAUUAGACUUUUAUGUCCUGCCUGUGUUUAAUAUUGAUGGCUACAUCUACACCUGGACUUCGAGUCGAAUGUGGAGAAAGACCCGCUCGACCCAGGCUGGAUCAUCCUGUCGUGGUGUAGAUCCCAACAGAAAUUUUAAAGCUGGUUGGUGUGAAAAUGGAGCUUCUACAAGCCCCUGUUCUGAUACAUAUUGUGGACCCACCGCAGAGUCUGAAAAAGAGACCAAAGCCCUAACUGAUUUCAUCCGGAAAAAUCUCUCUUCCAUCAAGGCAUAUUUGACAAUCCACUCAUACUCCCAGAUGUUGCUCUACCCUUACUCCUAUUCAUACAAACUGCCUACAAACAAUGCAGAGUUGAAUGCCCUGGCUAAAGCUGCUGUGAACAAACUUGCCUCCCUGUACGGUACCAAGUACACAUACGGCCCAGGAGCCUCAACAAUCUAUCUUGCUGCUGGGGGCUCUGAUGACUGGGCUUAUGACCAAGGCAUCAAAUACUCCUUCACCUUUGAACUCCGGGAUACAGGCAGAUAUGGCUUCCUACUUCCUGAGUCCCAAAUUCGCGCAACCUGUGAGGAGACCCUGCUCGCAGUCAAACACAUCGCCAGCUAUGUCCUGGGACAUCUGUACUAGUGGAGAAUGCUGAGAGCUUGCUUUCAGAAGACUCGCUGUUCAUUUCUUGUGUGUCUUGAAUCCUUAUUUUUCUUUGAUUGCAGGUUUUUCAGAUCCUAGUCUUUCCUACAAGCUUCGAUCUUUUAAAAUGAAUUACAAUAAAAGUGAAUCAUGAUCAUUGCAAA